UUUUGGUCGGGGAAAACGGCGACAGUGCUGUGCGAGUGUUGCGGCCGGACGAACGUACAAGCGCUGUGACGGCUCUGCGUGUGCUUACACUACUCUCGUCAACUGCGCUCGCGGCACGGUCAGUGUGUGUCUGUAUACUGCGAGAGCCGAGUGCGGCCGGACGACCGCGUGUUGUACCUCUACCUAUAUCGUGACGAGCGCGCAAGUCGGAUGUGCCCGCCGCACGAAUAAAAACAGACCGUAAUACGUAAUAUUCGUGUGUGUGUGUGUGUGUGUGUGUGUGUUUGUGUGUGCGCAUACCUGCAGCAGUGUACGCCUCGUAUACAUCGGUAUAACUGCGACCACGGUGGUUUUAUGCAUGUGCGCGACUCCGGGCCCUGCAGCCGGUCGUCGACGGGAAAAAGCGCACGGGAAACGACCGCCGGGCGGUAGCGGAUACGCGCGUAAAGCCCCGGAAGUGUGCCGAUAACACUGCUCGGUGCAGGCCAAAAGUCUCCCGCAACGACGGCGCGUAGAUAGCGUACAACCAGCUGCAGUAGCGGUGCAGCGGGUCGUGCAGGUGCAAGUGCAGGCGACUAGUGUGGCGAUAAAACCGUCGCAGUUGCAGUAGACGUCGUCGUCGUCGCGGAAGAGCGGCUCGCGUCCGCGUGACAGAGACGUCCCGGAGUGGGCUGUUGUUCCGCGCGGAUGGGCUGUGAUCUGGGCAAGUUGGCCAGCUCGGCCACGUCCGGCGACGACCGCGGCGGCAAGCACAAGGACGCGUUGCAGGAACCGCCGAGCCCGGGCCCCCCGGACCCCCGGCUCCCGCUGACGGCCAAGCAGAAAUACAGCAUGAUCGCAUCGUGGAAGGGCAUAUCCAGGGCAAUGGAACCCACGGGAGUGUACAUGUUCAUCAAGCUUUUUGAAGAACACCAAGAACUUCUACAACUGUUCACCAAAUUUGGCGAACUGAAAACCAGGGACGCACAGGCUAACAGUAUGGAGCUAGCCGAACACGCUAACAAAGUGAUGACCACACUAGACGAAGGCAUUAAAGAACUGGACGACCUUGACAACUUCUUCCAGUAUCUGACCCAAGUGGGCGCUACGCACAAGACCAUACCAGGCUUCGACCCAGACUAUUUUUGGAAAAUUGAAGUGCCAUUUUUGGAAGCAGUAAAAACUACGUUAGGUGAUCGGUUUACAGAAAACAUCGAAACAAUAUAUAAAAUCACCAUUAAACUCAUCAUAGAGACAUUAAUCAAAGGAUAUACGGAAGCCGCUGGUCCAUGAAAAAAAAACCGCAGAGGAGCUUAAUGAAAUCAUACAUUUCAUAUCAUUACAAAUGUUCAAGUGAUCGAACAUAGCAUUAUUAUAUUCCAUUGUCAAACCAUAAGUUUUAAUGUGUCAUUUGGAAAUUAAAUUUAAAAAAAAUAAUAAUAAUAAUAAACAAUAAGCUCAAAUUUAAUUAACUGAGCGCAAUUUGUAUUAAUGUCAUAAUGUCAAUUUGAUUAUCAACGUGUACCUAUACAUAAAAUGAAAUCAUAUUUAUAUAAUUAUAAACAUAUAAAUAAAAAUGUGUAAUUAUUGUUA